CAAGUACCUGUACACAUACAAGGAAUUUACUUCCCGCAGAUGUUGUCUCUCUGCUCAUAACCGAUGAUAAAUAUAAAUGAAAAUAUAGAUUAUACAUACAAGUAGUGCAAUCCAAGUAAUAGUUAGCCGACAGUUAACUGUUCAGCAAAGUGACCGCAGUAAGGAAAAAACUUCUCCAGUGCCUAGUAGUCUUAGUCUGGAGGGAUCUGAAGCGCCUACCAGACGGAAGCAGUUCAAACUGCCAAGGUUGCAGUACGUUUUAGGGUACUACUUUUAAUUUUACAUUUUAUUAGGGGAAAAUGAGAGAGAUCAGGGUCUGAACUGGAAUUUAACUUUGCCACGUUUUCACACAGUGGGAGGCAAAUGUUUCAGCGAUGAAAAGUCAAACAGCAGAAAAUUUUAAUCCUGUCUCCGGCAGAUUCCCCUUCCUUUGUUAAAAAGUAAGCAGGCGAGGCAAUAUUUGUCCCGAGGGAGGAAUUAGGGAGAGGAGAACUGCCCCCCUGGGGCGAGCCGGGCAGUGACGUCACGCGGCGCGGAGUGAACGGGGGAAGGAGGAUGAGGGCGAGCGGCCGCAGGGGAAACUAGCGACCUCUCCUUCCCACGACCGCUUCCUCUGAUGAGUUCCAGCAACUCGCAACUUCUAGAAACUGCAGAAUGAAGUUGAAUGAAAAAAGUGUGGCAUACUAUGCCACCUGUGAUUCUCCAACCGAUAAGACUGGAUACUUGCACAAAAAGGGAGAACGAAACACUGCUUAUCACAGGCGUUGGUUUGUUUUGAAGGGUAAUCUGUUUUUUUACUUCGAAGAUAAGGAGAGCAAAGAGCCAGUUGGAGUAAUCAUUCUGGAGGGAUGCACAGUGGAACUGUGCGAAUCUUCAGAGGAGCAUGCUUUCGCAAUCAAGUUUGAUGGUGUUAAAUUGAGGACAUAUAAAAUGGCUGCUGAGAGCCCAACAGAAAUGGAAGCUUGGGUUAAAGCUUUAUCCCGUGCAAGCUUUGACUACAUGAGAAUAGUUGUGAGGGAACUUGAAAAGCAAUUGGAAGAGAUGCAGCAAAACAAAGCCAGCAGCCGUAAGGGCCAGAGAAAAGCACUCCUGCGAAAACACCAAAGCAACCCUUCUGGUUCACCACAAAUCUCAAAUAGUUGCGCUGUACCUCAUGGUACUUAUAAAGAAAAUGGCUAUGCCCCCUGGAGUACUACAACAGAUCAAAUGCUUGAACUGGAAUUAAAUGGCAAAGCUCAUGCUGUUAGUGAUAAUAGUGACAUUGCAAAAUAUUUCCUAGAUCAGACGCCUGAAAGACCACAACACACCCAACGCUUCCCACCCCCUUUGCCCCCUAGGAGGAAGUCAGCAACAGGAGGGGUAACGCCUGGCAGUGGUAGUGUGAUGACCACCCAUGAUCAUGCUUCAUUAGUAGCGGGAACCUACAGCUUUAGCAGAUUGCACGAAUGGUUUGGCCGGGAUGUGAUACAGCUGCAAAGACAAUGGCAAGAGCACAAGAUAAGAAACGAUGGUGGUUCACAGCCAGAUCAGAUGAUCUGAAUAUGUCUUGCACAGUUUCUUCAAAAGGACAGUUUCAAAUCCAAUUCAAUCUCUUUGAAUUCAUGUUCUACGCAUUUGGUGCUUUCCAGAAAUAUACAAAUGGUAAUGGUAUUCUGCAUCUCUGUUUUAAUUAGUGUUAUAAUCUGGCUGGAUCCAGCAAAUUAAAUACUUAAUAUAUUUCAGUGUGCUUUGGCCACUGUCAUACAGCAUUUGCUAUUUUUCUCCUCUUAACUUCAGCAUCCAUGGCAGUGAAGUGAAAUGCACACAGAAAUUAAAAUAAUUACUAUCAGAACUUUUUUUUAAUUGGGCUUAUAACCUGUGAUGCUGGGGUAAAUCGAGCGCACACUGAAGAUUUAAGCUUGGCACAUGGUAAAUGCUGCUUUCAACCGGGAAGUUAGGAUAAAUAACCAGGUACAGAGUGUAGGAGUUGGCAAUCAACCAAGCUUCUAUAGUUUACAUUGAUUUUUGCAAGCACAAAUCUUUAAGUUUGCUAUCCACUCUUAUUUGGGUAGUCUGACAAUAUUCACAAACCUGCAUUAGAAAAAUGUUAGGAGUGAGGAGGGGUGUGGAAAGAGACACUAAACUCAGGACUUUCUUCCCUUUCCAUCAUUGUGCUCUCAGUUAUUGUAGGUUCUGUUCCAUCCCCCACUCCCCCCUCAAACCCAACCCUUGCUUAUUGAAUGCAUUCUAAACAUAGAACCAGCAGCUUAUCAGUGUAAUGCUGCUUGUGCAAUGACUUGCAUUGCCACUAUUAAGGGUUCUGUGUGACCAGUUGAAGUAGUGACAAGACUGUUUACAAGCUUAUCAAAUACUAAAUAUAACAUACACUAUUCAUUUCUGAAAAUUCAACAAGAGUGCUUUGCUGUUUUAUGUUCUGAGAAAAUAUGUCCCAGCCAAACUGCACUAAACAAACAAAUUGUACUUGGAAAAAUAAUUCAUUUUCUUUAAUAAUAAUAAUGCUUCCUUCUGCAACUGCACUCUUGGGGAGGUAUAUGAAUAUAGUGCAUGAAGUACCCAAUUCUGUAGUUGGGGGUUGUUAAUUCUAGUUGUGCUGUCUAUAGUUGAGUUGUAGCUGAGCUUAGUUUAGCUAAAUUGAAAUUGUGCAUAAGGAGAAGUGGGAGAAAAAUUUCCAACUUCAGAUUUUAAUUAAUGAUUGAGGUUAGAAAUCUGAUUGUUGGACAAAGAUAGAAUUAUACUGAACUUGAUCACUUUCACAUCUAUUGGCCCCAUCUGCCCAGGGGAAAAAUACUAAAUCUUAAUAUUGCCUAAAGCAUUGUUUAAGUAGAUAUUGGAGUAAGUAUGAGGAGAGAUGUUACUGAACAUCCUAAAAGGCAUCUUUCACAUUGCUGUGACAAUAAGGCCAGGUUAUGUAAAGAUACACUAUGCAAAGGACAAAUAAUUAUUGGUACUUGAAAUGUAAACUUUUAAUUAAAAUGUGAAGUGCCACUAGUACAACUUUGUGCCCUUAUGAUUUGAUGAAUGGCAAUAUUAAGUGUGAUUAUAGCUGCAAGAACAGUAAAAUCAAGAAAAUACUCUCUUACUAUUUGAUGUAACAAUACAGUCAAUGCCAUUGAAUGCAAACAUCACAAGAUCUGGCAUGUGGCAAGUGAAAUCCCUUCCUAUUUCAAAUGAGCUAGCAUUAGAGUCAAAUCAACCCACCCCAUAAGCAGUCACUAUUUAAUGCUUUUAGUGUAAUGUUAAUUCAACAUUAAAGAUUAGUUUUAUUUAUCACAUGUACAUCAAAACAAAGUGAAACAUGUUGUUUGUGUCAAGUCAAAUCAGCGUGGAUUGCCUGCAAGUGUUGCUGUGCUUCCCCGCUAACGCAUGCCUACGACUUACUAACCCUAACCAGUACAUCUUUGGAAGGGGGAGGAAGCCCACACUGUCUCAGGGAGAACAUACAAGUUCCUUGCAGGUAGUGGUGGGAAUUGAACCCCAAUCACUGGCACAGUAAAGUGAAGUGCUAACAGCUGUGAUACUGUGCCACCCCAUAUAUAGUUUAAUUAAGAUGCUUAUAAUCAUUUUAAAUGAGUUCCCCUUAUCAGAAACCACAAAUCAAUGCAUUAUCCAUGAUGUUUAUAUGUUUCAUUCCUUUCUUACCGUGCUAGUUUUCAGAACAAAACCAUGAGAUGCUGUACUUUUAACUGAAAAUUCACUUUAAAAAAUGUAUCUGAGUCAUCAGUUGUGUAACAGUAUCGGGGGUGUUGUCAAUUGUAUUUAGUAUUUUUCAUUUUAGCUUGUGUUGACAUAUUUCUGUUUGCUUGUUACUUCAUUUCUGGCUUGCAGAGUUUUACAAAUCUAAUACUUUAAUGCUGCAAUCUUUUGUGAUGAGCAUCUGAAAUAAACUACAUCAGGCUCAGGAGAGAGCGUGCCACUGUGGCCAUACACAGAAUCAGAAUCUACUAAUAUGCCAAGACAUUUAAUUAGUGAUUUUCGCAUUAGACCGUGAAGUGAUGAUAAAGAAAAAUGGAUAGAGCUAAAGGGAAGAGGCUAAAUGGCUUAAUAGUGCCAUUCUGUAGGAUUAACCAUAGUUUUUAAGAUCAGGACUGUUUUCCUAAAUCUUUAUGCAGAAAAGAAGCAUUUUUGUAAUAAUUCUGAAAGUAAUUACAAAGAUGUGCCAGGAGCUGUUAGUGAAUUAAUGGAAAAUUAGUAAUUGCACUUUCCGGUCUUUCAGUGUAGACUUCCAUAUGCUCUUCACUUCACAUCAGAUAACAAUAGUAUAUGAAACACUAAUAUAUGAAUGUCUUCAAGUAUUUAUUAAUAAUAAUGAACACUAGUUGCAAAACAUUACCUUUAAAUGCUGUAGUGCGGACACUAAAGGUGCUUUUCUUUUAACAGCGGUACUUUUCCUCCAGACUGCAAUUAUCCUUUCAGUAGUUGCUUCAAGUAUCACAUUAUUUUCAAGAAUAUUUUUACAUUAUGUUAUUUUUAAAAAAACAAUUUUACAAGUUUAAGUUUGGGAAGAUGGCCCCCUGGUUUCUUGAUUAUUGUGGAAAUUUUUAACAUAUGCCAUUCCUAGUUAAUCCAUUAAUGUAAAUCAUUUUUUAAAUGAGCAAAUAGACUUUAAGGUUAGAGUAUUUAAUUUGCUUAUCUAAUUUUUAAAAUUUUUUGAUUGCAUGAGUUAAUUUUCAGAAGUUAAUUUUGGACUAAUUAAUUAAUUGCCAUCCAUAAACACUUGUGUUUAGGGCAUUCAAAGCACACAAAAUCAACUGCAGUGAAAUAGAAUAUGCCCUAAAAUAAUAUUGUCCAAUGGCAAUUGCUGACUAUGAAUGGCAUUGAUGCAACAUUAGUUAUAUUAGUCAUAUAUAAUUACUUAAGCCACUCUGGGUAUAUAUAAAAUGCAGGUACGCACUCAGGGUAGUGAAGAUGAUUGCUGUAUUUUCUCUGCCCUGACAGCAUUCAAUAUCAUUAUAUGGUAUAAAGUCAGGUUAAACAAAAGGGAAAUCUAAAUCCAGAAAUAAGGAGUUGACACAUUCUCCCUGUGAUAUCUUGGGUAUCCCCAAAUGCUUUGUUUUUCCCCCUCACAUCUCUUGAUGAUUUGUAGGUUAAAUGGCUAUUAUUGUAAAUUGUCCCUCUUUGGACAGAGUUGAUUGGUAUUUGAGAAAGAAUAGAUUGCAUUGGAAGUAAAGGGAAUGAGAUUGAAAGGAUUGCUCUGAGAAAUGGCAUAGACUAGAUGGUCUAAUGUGUCAAUAGGAGACGCAGCUUUGAAAGCAUAUUCAUGGAAUUGUAAAUGUACCUUAUGUGAUUUCCUAAAGGUAUACUGUUGCUAUGUAACUAAAGAAAUUAAAUAUUCAUUGAGGUAUACAAAUCUUACAACAUUACCAAAAAGAUGUGUCACAAUCAUGUGACAAGCUAGUAGUAGCAUAAGAGAAGUUCAAACUGCUGCUGGAGGAACUCAGCAGGUUGAACAGUAUCUAAGUAGGGAAAGAAAUUGUCUGCAUUUGAGGUUGGAACUGAGAGUGGAGAGAGAAGCUAACCAUUAUGAAGAGGAGCAGGGAUCAGUUUGUGAUAAGUGGACUUGCCCUUUCCCUUCGUAGAUGUUGCUCGAACCACUAAGUUCCUCCAACAGUUUGUCUCUUUGCUCCAGAUUCCAGCAUUUGCAUGCUCCUUACUCUCCAGUAGCAUCAAGAUCACAUAAUCGUCUUUCUCCAAAAUUCGUACUUACCUAAUGACUUCCCAAUUAGAUUCAAGCUAUUCAGUGUUAACAUGUUAAUAAAUGCACUUCAGUUUAGAUCCGUGUAAUUAUUUGUACAAAUCUGGGUUUGCCUGUGUACUUUGUUUUAAAAGUACUUUUGAAUGUGCCUGAAGAAAACAACUCCAUGAAUAAGUACAACCAUUAUAAUCAAAACUCCAAUAACCUUAAAGCAUACAAACAUUUUGCACAAGACACUCCUUUCAUACAGUCAUAAUUCAUAUAGCAUUAUCAUAAAAGUACUCUGUAUAUUGUGGGAAGUUUUAGUAAAUGUAAAUAUCUCAAUUUGAGUUGCUUCAGUCAGUGACUGGAAAGACAUUAAUAUUUUUUAUUUUCGGAAAUCAAAUUCCUGACAGAAUUACUCUUACAUCUUUUAGAAUAAAGCCUUUGUGGAUCAUCCCACUUUCAAUGGUAGUGGGAAAAAUGUAAAGCAAAAUCAAUAACAGCCAUUUUAUUUGAUUUAAAAAUGUAAAUAUCAUCCUAAUUUUCUAUAUUUGUUUUUUGUGGGAACUAUCAAAAUUAAGUGUAUUUGUUGAACUUUUUUAGUGGCCUGGAAGUGUUAGUGGUCCUUUGAAGGAUUAGAUCUUUUAUGAUACUGAUUGUUUAACAUGGAAGUCCAUGCAUAAAUGUGCCAUACAAAUGUUUUAAUGCUUUUUUGAUGAAUUACUAUGUUCUCUUAUUACAUUUGGAAUUCAUUUCCAAAAUGUAAAGAUACUUUACUUAACUUUUUACAAAAUGGAUAGUAUUCUUUUAAUGUAGAUCUUUUUUUUCCAAUUUUAUCAAAAAUGUAUUUUUCUAAUUACACUUUCAGUUUGCAUGGAAUAUUCAUCACCUGGAUGUAUUGGUUACUGCAUGAUUGCAUGAACAAUCAAUCUAUAUUUUAGCUCAUAGUAUUGAGAAUCAAAUAUUCUGUUUACUGGUCAUUUAUACUACAGUAAAUGAACUGAGAAAUGGA